AUGGUAAAUUUCCUUUGUUGUUCUGAGAUGCCUGCUGAAGCAUCUAAGUUCAUUGAAGAUAUGGCCAUGGAGCUUGAUUUGCUUGACUUGGAACUAGAAAAUGCCUUAAUUCAGAGGGUGGUUUUACAGCUACUUGAGUUAAGUGGGAUUUCCCAGGAGUUUUUGAAAAAUGAAAAGGUCUGGAAAAAGACACCAUCCUGGAUUGAAGAAAGAAACAUAGUGCAUUCUUUUGUUUCUGGUGAUCAUCAUCAACUAGAUGAUAAAUUUCUUUUUUCUUAUAUAAGGAGCAUAGAUGUAAAAGUGAAGGCACCAAAAUCGGUCGAAAGAAUUAUUGAAAAAAGAUUUUUUGCUGAUGUUAGUUGCAUACCUAUAGUAGAUGACAGUAAUUCCUUGCUGGAUAUAUACUGUGGAAGUGAUAUCAUUGAUUUGGUGAAAGACAGUGCGUAUGCACAGAUUCCUCUCGAUGACUUGAAUGUUCAUCAGGCUUUACAACUUGGUCAAGAUACAAGGUCCCCAUAUGGCUUCUUUAAUGGUCAGAGAUGCCAGAUAUGUUUAAGGUCUGAUCGUUUGCAAAAAGUGAUGGAGAGGCUGGCAACUCCUGAAGAGGGAAAUGUUGAGUUUAGUGAGAAUAGGAGUAAAAUUGGUGCCUUUUUGGAUCUGAAUGAAGAGGAGAUCAGAGAGAAUAGUUCAAGUUCUGAUUUUCUGGCUUCUGAAAUUACUAGGAAUGAUGAGAACGGUAGUUCUGAGGAUUCUUCUUCACCCCGUUCAAUGGGUUGGUUAAUGCAGAAGAACGAGAUGCCAUAUUGUGUCAAGUCUGCUGUUUCUGAAUUAAAAGCAAUGGGAACGAUGGACAAGCAGAGUGCUGCAGAUUAA